AUGUUCGUCUUGGAUAUUCGACAUGUGGCUGCAACACUUCUUCAUCCACGCUAUAGAUCAUUGAAGAGAUUUCCCGACCACAUAAAAGGUCAAUGUUACCGGUAUGUUCGCCGACAGAUUAAACAUUUACAAGACAGAAUAAAUUUGGAAGAUUUCCACAGCAAAUCAUCAGAACCUGAAGCAAAGAGAUUCAAAAAAAAUUCAAAUCUAUUCAGUAGAUUCGAGUCUGAUGAUGAUGUUGAAGAUGAUCAAAAACAGUAUCACAGCAGUUCAAGAAGCGAUGAAUACGAUUUUGAUAUUAAAAAGAUUGACGAAUUGGAUAGAUACUUACUGAUCGACAUCGACAAGAAUGCGCAUACUGGUGAUCCUUUAGUCUUUUGGAAAAGUUACAGAAAUCAAUUCCCGUUUCUUUCUCAAUAUGCUCGCUCUGUUUUGUCGAUUCCUGCUAUAACUACUAAUGUUGAGAGAGAAUUUUCCACAGCUGGAUGGCUUAUUAAUCAAAGAAGAACAAGUUUAAAACCAACUGAGAUUGACAAAAUUCUUUUCAUCAGAUCGAUGGAAAAACAAUUGAAAAACAAUUGA